AUGGCUGAGAAAAGGAGCCAGUCUGACUCUGACCGCAAUGUCAGCAGUUCAAGUGCCCUUGGGGUAGUCUUCAAGAGGAUGGGUUCGAACACAUCAGAAGGAAGAGCCAGAGACAGUGACAAUGCUGGUGUGAAGCCAGCGCUGACUAGUGCAUUGAUCCAAGAAGUGGCAGCCAAGGAAAGAGUUUCUUCCAGCUUGGCAGUGGCAGAUCACAAGAAGAGACGCUACAACAAUAGCAGGAGACAAGCUCUGGCCCAAUCAAAGGCCAAAGGGAGGAAAGGAGUUGCUCAGUCCAGAGCAAACAAGGAGCGUGUACAAGCUCACGUUUCCAAGAAGUGUCUUUGCAGUCUAGAGACAUGUUUCAGCCAGUUUCAAUCCAUUCUGCUUGACCUUCUGGCCUUGCUCUCGCUGUUCAGCGAGCAGUCAAAGGGUGCGGAGUCACUGGCGAAACAGGAUUUUCGAGUGGAUGGCCGGUUGAAGGGCAAUCCAAAGAAGCCUCGUUCGAAAGUGCAGGAGAAACAAGUGCGGCUCUAUCUCAUUACGGUCUACAGCCGUCUUGGGGAGACCUUGCCCAAUAAGUUCCAUGGGAAGUGGCAGCGAAGGAGGCGGAGACGCUACAUUGGAGCUGAUGAUGCAACCGAAUCGUCAGAGUCUGAUACACCUCCACCAGCCGAUGACUCCGCUGAAAGCAUUUUAGCUGACAGGACUUUGUUCACACGAUACAUCGACUCUGGUCUUGGAACUGAUCUGGCUGGCCUUCCUGUCCGUUACUUGGCGCCUGGAUCGGUACGGGAUUUGUGGAGAGACAUGAAAGCCACUGGCCAGACUGUAAGCUACUGCUCCUUCGUCAGGACUUGGGAUGCUUUUAAGAAUAUCUUGCGAUUCAGAGCCAAGGGCGACUUCGCUCAAUGCGAUCAAUGUGCAGAGCUGCAGAAAAACAUCAAGAACUCACGAAGGCAAGGGUACAGAUCUUUGGUUGAGAGCACCCAGAGGCUGCAUGUCCACUAUGCCAAUGUGGGGCGUUCCAGAGACAUGGAAGAAAGUCUGAGAACAAUGUUACCCACAGCCCAUGACGGGUCCAUGACUUGCGAAGUCCUGGCACGGUGUUUGGAAAAUUGCCAGGCAACAGCGCGAUCUCGUGGAUUGCAACUGCCGGCCGAACUCGUUGUCCUCACGGACAAUACCGUCCGUGAGAAUAAGUGCCAGACCUUGAUGAUGUUUCUCGCCCAUCUCCAACAGAGGGCCUGCUUUCAGUCCGUGGCCUUUGUCCAGCACAUCAAAGGCCACACGCAUAACAUCUUAGACCAACUUUUUGGUGUCAUUUCACGGGCAUUCCAAUUCUGUGAUUACUUGCCUGACAUUUGGGCAGUGGCGAAGGAGGUGGAGGCAAUUCUUCGCAGACCAACAUUGAAAAGCUUCCUUGGGGCUGCCGAGAUCCAUGUCUCUGUUCUGGAGUCUGUGCGAGACUGGGCAACUUACAUGAAUGGAUUCGGCAUCAGCAUCUCUGGUGGGCUCAAGCUGGAUCUGACGGCCAACCACUGCUUUAUCUGGCUUUGGAGAAAAGAUGUUCCGCGGGAUGACUUGGAGAUUUUACAGCCUCGCACAGCUACUGGAAGGUUGCUGGGCAUUGAGCCUAACGGGCUGGACACCAUCAUGAUCGUCAAGAGAUACUUGUGGGAUACCAACAUAAGCCAGUCCCUUCAAGUCACCAUCCCGCAUGGGUUCCUGGAUCGUUUCUUGCAGCAGUUUGGUCGUGCUCCAACGGCGGUGCGGCCUGCAAAUGAGCCGGCAGAUGCACAAGGCUGGCUGCGGUGUGCCUUGAUUUUGCUGGACAGCCAGGAGGAAAGUCGGGUUGUUAGAUCCAUCCGGUAUUUGCAGGACUUGGCUGCAGGACGCCGGGGGAACAAUGUGAACUUUCCACCACUCACUUGGUUACAUCAAUGCGCUGGAGACCCCGAGCUGUCCAUGACUUUGCGCCGUCCAUGCAAUUUGCCAGUCCUUUUGGUGCCUGGGAUGGAAACCAAUGUGCACAUGAGGGGACAGUGA